AUGAAAUCCAUACUAAGGUCAACAACAAGGAACCUAAUAACAAGCUCAAGAAGAUUUGAAAACUUAAAAACAACCGAAGAAAUCCGAAAUUUUUUGGCAGAGUCUACUUGGUCCAUCAAUGAGUUAUUAAAACUGCCUACUGGAUCAUCUCAACCAGAGGUGUCGCCAGAGAUUGUGAAAAAGAUGUUGAAGCUAUCUGGGUUGAACGAUUUGAAAGAUGAUCAAAGUGUAACAAAAGCUUUAAAUUUACAGAUGAUGUUUAUAAACCAUUUGUAUGACAAUGAUCACGAAACUGUUACCCCUUCUCCCAAACGAAAUGAAAACAAUGGCAUAUUUCGGUUACUAGCCAGUGAUCAUUUACCACAACGACCUUUGGAACUAAACAAUUUAUUGAAACAGAUUAAUGAGUUAAAGCCGGAUCCAAGUAAAGGAGAGGUGGACUUUACGAUUAGUGAUUUACAACGAGAUUCGUUUGUGAUAAACAAACGGAAAGAAUAA